AUGUCGAUUAAAAAAGGCCUGAAAGUUUUUUACAAUAAAUUAAUUGUGGAAAAACCAGAAAAAGAUGGAAUUGUUAAGGAACUGUGUAAUCUGUAUAAUGAAGAAAGAUCCAAAAGCAAAUAUUCUGAACAAAUUCUCGACAUAUUGGAUACAUUUCUAGCAAAAAAGAAUCAAAAUCCAGAUAAUAUCAUAAAUUGGUGCUUGAAUGAUAAAAUAAAUCCUACGGUUCAA